CGUACCAUGCGAUUUACGUUUCAUAUUCAUGUAAUUACCUUCAAAAAAUGCCGUAAAUCGAUAGUUGAUAAAACUUAAGGAUUAGAUACUUUAUUUCAUUGAAGUGUCUUGAAUAUGAUGCAGUGGUGCUCAGUGCGUAUAUUUGCGAGUUAGGUCUCUUUUGUUUUGCUUCGCACAGGUUGGCAGCGUGGCGGGAAGCAGUGGGUUGGCAACCAUUUUGCUAUUUUGAACUCAACCCUCUCGGCUGUAGUAUUUUUAGCUUUAUAACCUAGAGCGCAGCACGCAACACGCCGCACAGUGCUAAUACCUAUCGCUGCCUUCAAGAACUAAUCCCCGCAUUGAUUUUCGAAGAAGGCGAGGGAGUUGCGGCAUGUUUUUGGUUCUUUCGCAACGAGGAGCGUAAGAAAAAAAAAAGGCUGACGUAAGAGGAUGGCAGCUGUAGGUGGUCGGAACAGCUGAACAGUGACAGCUUCGGCAGUUUAUUUUUGGUUCGAGCCCUGUCAGGAUCUGAGGGGUUGGCCGGCGACCGACCUUGAUACGUCGUCGCAUGCGAUAGCGUGCAAUUUUGCAACGAACCCGCUGUCAUCUCGUCACGCGGAUGACAGCUCCUGGAAGCAGCUGAGUGGCUUCGUCGUCGCACCGCCGUCGCAGUCUGCUCCCGGCAGCUACCGCCAUGGUCGGCGUCCCGAAGUUCUCCCGCCAGCAGUGGCUCACGCUGGUGGGGAUCGGCAGCGUGUACUUCACCAGCGCCAUCUGCAUCUCCCUGCAGGCGCCCUUCUACCCCAAGGAGGCAGAGUCCAAAGGUGCGACAGCUACGGAAUAUGGCUUUGUGUUCGGUGUGUUUGAACUGGUGGCCUUCCUCUUCAGUCCUGUGUUCGGCAAAUACAUUGAUCGUGUCGGAGCCACGGCUAUGUUAAAUGUUGGAUGUUUCGUAGCAGCUAUCUGCAGUAUGCUUUUUGGCUUACUGGACUAUGUGUACGACCACACUGCCUUCAUAGUUCUGUCGUUCAUCUUGAGGAUCGCGGAGUCAUUGGGCACCUGUGCGUCCGUGGUCGCAGCUUUCUCGAUCAUCGCAGAAGUGUUUCCAGAGUCCGUUGCCACGACAUUUGCAACCAUGGAAGUAUUUUACGGUUUAGGAUUCAUUGCGGGACCGUUGAUUGGAGGAGCAAUUUACGGUCUGGGUGGCUUUGUGCUGCCGUUCAUGGUGCUUGGUGGGGCGUUGCUGCUAGACAGUGCAUUUAUAUUUUUCAUAAUGCCGAGGGUUAAGGGGCGGAGGAGCACAGAUGCGCCAAUAUCUGGCCGCAACACUCGCACCGGGAAGAAAGGUAGCCUGCUGUCCUUGAUGAAGGUGCCAUCGGUCGCGCUCGAUACGUUCUGCACGACCGCGGCCGCUCUCAGCAUCGGCUUCUACUCCGCCACGCUGGAGCCGCACCUCAGACAGUUUGGGCUGUCGGCGCUGGCGACGGGCAUGUUCAUGGUGAUCAGCGGCGCGCUCUACACGCUGUCCGCGCCCGUGAUCGGCCGGCUCUGCGACACCAGGAUCUACCCCAAGAAGUUCAUCGCCGUUGGCAGUCUCCUCAUCAUCGUCAGCUACGUCCUCGUGGGGCCGUUCCCGGCUCUGCCCAUCAAGAAAACACUCAUGUGGAUGGUUGUACUAGGACUCGUGGUACACGGGAUUGGAUUUGGCUGCAUACUUGUGCCUUGCUUCAUAGACUCCCUGCGGUCGGCUUUGGCUGCGGGCUUCCCAGACAACAUAGUGACUUACGGUCUGAUAUCUGGAUUGUGGAUGUCCGCUUUUUCGCUGGGUGCGUUCGUGGGCCCGUCCGUCGGCGGGCUGCUCUUGGACAUGGUCCACUUCAGAUGGGCGACGCUCUUCGUCAUCUCUGUGCACGGCGUGGUGUUCGUGCUGGGGCUGUGCUUCGUGUGCCUGGAGAAGCGGGUGCCCGUGCCGCGGCUGGGCCAGGACGAGACGCACUUCGAGACGUCGUCCACCCUGCAGCUGGGCGGCAGCCGGCUGCCCGUCGUCACGGCGACCGGCAGCUCGCCCUGCCUCGCGGCGGCCGGCGACGGCGGCGACGACGGCAGGUUCGUCAAGGUGGACCUGAGCGAGGCCGCAGCCAACGGCGGCACCAAGGAGGAGGCGGCCCCCAUCCUGCAGCGUCCCGACUAGCUCCGCUGCCGACUGUGCUCGCUUCAGCUGAUUUACAUCGAGUUUUUGUAGUUGUUUUUAAAACUUUUUACUGUCUUUAUAAUUAUAGUGUGUGACUAGAACAAGGGAGGCCAACAUACAGCACUGCAGGCCGAUUGAAAACACGACAAACAUCAUGAUGAGUCAGCCCUUCGCAAACACAUCAAAGUACCGAUAUUAAAAAAAUAUGUUGUGUGUUUCACCGGAUCGGCUGUAAACUUAUUUUUUAUCCAGUAAGUUUUUAAAAAAACUGCUUCCAUAUUCUUAAGAAACUUUGUGUUUAUAGCUAGAUACAACCUAAACUUUACUUCCCAAUCAAUAUUUAUUUAGCAGUUCUUAUGUUCUCAGGGUCUGAUGCAUGGAAACAAAUAUGUUGGCCACCACUGUACUCGAUGUUUGUUGUGGAUGUGAAGUAGUUUUGUAACCAGAGCCGUUAAUAGGGAUAGUAGAUAAAGGCCUAAGUUGACAGUUCCAGGCAGUCUGUCUCUUAAGGGGCCCACCCGCUUGGGCUUAUUAUCAUUUUUAAUUAAACAGUGAUAAUAAGGAAGGGAAGCGCUAAGGGUGACACCAAUGCGGGCAAAUGCCAAGUUGCCAUUUACACAAGGCAGUGACUAGCUGUGAGAGAUAGCGUGCACCAAAGUUCAGUGCAAAAAUCAUGGAUGGUUUGAUGAAUGUUCAGUUGCAAAUUUUUCUAGACUCUGCUGUUACUGCAGUGUGCUUUGGUUUUGUUAAGGUUUAGUGUCGCACGGCUGUGCACUUGGGCUCAUACAUUUGAGUAACACCAGGGUGUUGGGAUCGAACUCACGACCCUCGCUUUUGACUAUAGAGUGUCUCACCCACAGUUUGCAGUUCAGAGUAAAUGGUUGCUAUAUUCAUACUACUCAGCUUGUUAACACUAAUAUUAUAUUUUGUAUACCAUGGUUAAUUAUAAUAAUAUAAAAUAAAUUUUUUUAAAUUACACUAUUUGUUGAUUUUUCUAAGACCAUAAAAUAGUGUCUAUUGGUAGUAUAAUUAUAGUUGAGUUCCUCCUGAAAAAAAAAUACAAUGCUAAACAAUUAUAUAUUCACAAAAGAAUAUUUUUAGCAGUCGGUAUUAUUAAUAAAAAUGCAUUCCGUUAAAUAAAGUGCUUUGCUCUAACAGUCUCAACAUUCUCAGUAUUAAAUGACAUAAAUUAAUGGAUAAAACAGUUUAAAACAAGAUGUCGUCCAUCAGUUGUGGCUCCCCGUGGAAGUGAAAAUGGAAUAUUAGCAGAUGAUGCUCUUGAUGAAAUACAAAAAGAAAUUUUAUUUUCAAAAUUCUCAUUCCAAAUUAUCCUUUACAAAAUACAAUAUAUCGAAUAUAUUUAAAAAAAAAUUGUUCUUAUAUUAUUACAUUGUGUCUAAGGCAUACAUCUGAUAACAGAGCACACUGAAACAAGGACAGCACUAACGGCAGAUACCAUGCAUUGGAAAAAAAGGGUAAAUACCAGUUUUAAUGCACACUGCAAUCUAAGGAUGAGACAUGCUAUACAUGAGCUUAAGACGUUAGCGAUCAUGACCACAUAGACUUCCCAACAGCUGUCUACCUAUUUUGUCCAUGCAAAACGGUUUUGAAUAAAUAUUUACCAAAAGUUAAAAAUCUUGUAGGGUAGGCAGGCAUCCCUACGAUAGCGAAACAUGUUCAUUAGUUUCCUGCUAAAACUUGUAUUUCCAACACCCUACAAUGCCAGCUAGGUGGACCCCUUAACUUGAGCACUGUUAAAAUGUUUUAGCAUAUACUUUUGUAGAUUCUGGUUAGUAAAGAGCAGUUGGAGCUACAGGAUAGUACAUAGAGCUACUUUGUAUCUUACUGCUUGUUACAAUUACUAUAUUAUGAAUUUGGUGCUUGUAAUAGACCCUCAUAUAGUGCAGUAGAAUUCAUGUACAUAAAGAUUACAUUUUAUUUUUGUUUUGAUGCAGGCUGACACAUCUGCCUUGCAGAAAUCAGUUAUUAUUAUGAAAAAAAACUAAUGACUUCAUUUUUGUGGAACUUAGAUAUUUAUCGAGAACUGACACAAUGGUAAUCAUUUUAUAGAGUCCAUAUUUCAAUAGCAACCGCAUUAGCUUGCAAGCACUAGUGAAUUAUAAUAAUUACAAUUACGGCAUUGUUCAUUAUUAAUUUGGAAAAUUAAGUCACAUAUGUCAGAGAAAAUGAAUAAUUUUAUGUGACCCUAAGUGCUGUAGUUUGGAUGGAAAAGUGAGUGAGAUUGGACAUAGAUUGGACUGUAGCCAGUCAACCCAAGUUGCUGUUUCCAUUUUAUUUGUCAUAUCUUGAAAAUCUCUGAUUUUAAUAACACCUGGAAAUAAAAAAAAAUCACAUUAUUUCAGCCUGCAUUGAACAUAAACUAUUCAAACACAGCACAAAUUCAUAUAUAUAUACUAGCUAGUACAAAGAGUUUUUUUGACAUGUGGCAAUCUAGCGAUGUCUUUUAAAAUUAUGUGUCUUAAUGGCAGUAGUGUGAUAACUGUGAUACUUUAUUUGUAUUAUUAUUGUAAGAUCAGAAUGCAUACUAUGAGAUAAGUUAAAGUUUUUUUUUUAAAUACUACUGUAGAUUAAAAAAAAUAUUUAAUCCUGUGUGUACUUAAAAGGUAAUUUUUUUUUAAAAAGCAUAACAACAAAUGUACCACGUGCCACCAAGUUCUAUCAUACCAUGAAUUUGCUAUAGCAUUAUUAGAAAAUUUUGAAGAAACUUUUAUUCAGGGAAUUUUUAAGAAUAGUGGCCACUAUUUUUUGCUGCAUUCAUUAGGCUUUUUUAUUUUUAAACUGUAGGUAUAUGUAUGUACUUAUACAGCACACAUAAAAUAUGCUGUGGUACUUCCACAAAUUGCUUCCCUUGGUUGGGAAAUCUUUAUUACUAGUGCCCAUCCACAGUUGUUAACCUGAACCAAGCCACCCUUAUACUUGUGUGAAGGUUUGUCACACAGGGAUGCGUGGAAGAUCCCACUUUUAUCAGGACUCUUGUCACAUGCAUGUUUAUGGAUUAUGGUACUUGUAUCCAGUAUUGUUACUUCGUAAAUUUGAUCCCAUUUCCAGCACGGAAAAAAAAAUCAAGCAAUAACAACUUCUAAUAGAAUGUAAUUUACUGUGAUGAAAAUGUUUUACCUACAUAUAAAACAAAGAAACGUUUUCUAAAUGACAAUUAAAAAAAAAAAUUUACUACACUGUUUAAAUUGAAUGAUCUAAGCUUUGAAUCAAAAUAUGAGUCCAUUCCACAAACUGUAAAAAUUACAUGGUUUCAUUUAUCUUUUUAAAUUCUUUUUAAAAUAAUAAUCAUAAUAAUUGUUGUUGAUGUGCGAUGCCAGGUAUUGAAUGGAAUCCUUGCAUAUAUCAGGACAGAUCGUAAAUCCUUGCAUGAAUCUCGUUAGAUUGUAAAUCAACAGAGAAAGCAUAUUCAUGUAAUACAACAGAGAAAAAGUAUUUUUUUUUUUUUAAAACAGAAAUGAGUAAUAAUAAGUUUUACGUAUAAUUACUGUCAUCCAGGAUUGUUAAAUAUUGUUAAAACAUUUGCAGCUUAUCUUUGAUGUUUGCAUUUAAACAUAAUGCUAGCCCGGCACACUCACGCAUUGAAUGAUACAGUGUAUGUUUUUGUGUAGCCAAGGAAGUUGCCAGAUGUACAAGUAUUGUACAAGUGUCUUACUGUUAUUGUGUAUGUCGUAAUGGGCCUAAGGGAAGCCCAUAUGCUAAGUACUGCGUCCGUAGGCUGUGACAUUUAGAGAAGCUUAGACCGUGGUGCGUAUUAUUAACCAAAUGUGAGGUAUUAUAUAUGUGCUGUUUUUUUUUCUCUUCUUGAUGCUAAUUUACCAUGAUACUCUCAAUCAAAUGAAACUCAGGUGGUGAAGGGGGAGGGGGGAAAUGUUAAACCCUCUGAAAAGCUACAGAAACUUAUUAUAAUUACUCUUAAGAGAAUGAAGUAGCAGUUAAGUGGAUAGAAAGUAUUAGGGCAAGUUUGAAAAAAAUUACAUAAUUUAUUUUCAGCUUAUUUUCUUGUGUUAUAAAAAUUAACAUGAGGGGAAGAAAAAAAAAGGGGGGGGGAAGUGCAUCUUAACGGCAAUAUUUUUUAUACAUCAGUGGAGUUGUUGAUUAUUUGAUAUUUUGAUUUGAUACUUAAGUUUUUAAGAUACUGGUCAAGUAUCGAUGGCUAGGUUACGAGGUAUUACAGACAUUGAGCUCCCGUAUCUAGCUACAAUUAAUGCUUUUACACAUGCCUUGAAAUUGAGUGAUUAUCAUGCUGAUUGUUGCUUUUGCAAAAAAAAAAGUUUUACUGCAAAUAUUAAACCAAUUUUGAUGUGUUUUUGUCUAACUUUUAAUCAGUAUUUUGAUGUUUGUAUUAUGUUAGUGUAAGUGUACUGUUUUUGAAUAACAUGACUGUGGUUUGUUAGUUCAAUUUUUAAUCAAAAUUUAACUAUUACCAAUUUUUAGCUAUUCUUAGUAUGUCAAAAAAACUGUAUUUAUAUUAAAAAAAUUUAUAAUGAAAAUUACAUGUAAAAAGAUACCUAUGUUUUUCUUUGGUAUUCAUUUGUGCUGUAUUAAUGUACACAAUUUGUGUUGAUUAUACUUGAGAAACAGUGUAUUCACCUACAGUGAAAUGGAUUAUUAUAUAAUUAUUUUUACGAUAAGUUUUGCAAUAACUUUGCAGUCACGGGUUUCCGUAAUAUAAAAAACAGGAAGAUCCUUUUUAAUGAAACAAAAUUAAGUGCCUGAAAUCAUGCCCAAGAUCUGGCACUAUGAUUAUAUCUGAACAUCCUUUUGUUUUCAAAUUAUUAUUUUUGAAAGUGAGAGCAAGUAAUUAUAUGAUUAACUUAUUUUGACAUGAAGUCACUUAAGUAGUUGAAACAAAAGUGUGAUGUGAAAGGUUUAUUAUGGCUUAAAAGUUUGCAGACCACAAUUUACGAGCCCAAAAAGUGUCUUGACAGAAAAAAAAAAGUUUUACAGUAAAAAUCUGGUUUUAAAGUGCAUUAUAUAGUACUAAUAAUAAAACUUCAGUUUUAUAUUUAAUAUCACAUCAUACUUUGGUAUUUUUUAAUGUUGUUAAACGUAUUUAUCAACAGAUGAUCGUUAAAGUUUUACUAUAAAAAGAAAAUUAUUGGUGCAUUUUUUGAAAUUAAGGAAGAUAGAACCUGGGUUGGAAAAACUCAUGUAUAUAAACAAAUAUAAUAAAAUACUCUUCAUUAAUCAUUCAUAAUUUUUGUUUCUUCAGUGACUACCUGAGAGAUUGUUAUCAUUGUUUGACUUGGUCUUCCUUUAAUUGUGUGUAACUUCACAUUUACGGCCAGUAGGCAUGAUUAUUGUUAUAAACUGUCAAAACCCAAAGUCGUGGGUCUCAAUCUCUAAAUUUUUUUGGCACAAGUCCCAUUGUCUUCACACAUGCUUCAAAGUUUAGGAAAGUAGUGGUUAGGUCUAGUUUUAUCUGUUUGAAUUUAGCUGCACUACAUAGUGCUACAUAGUGAGAAACACUGCAUAAGUUUCAACAGCCCAGACUGUGAAUGAUUACUUGUUGUCUGCUCACGAGAUUAAAAACAAUGAUAGGGAGAUUAUACAUCGAAGGAAUUUCUGAAGUAUUGAAUGUAUGCAUGUGAACCUAAUUGUGCAAUUAUUCAAAUUUUUAAGUGGGUAAAUAAAAGAAGCAGUGUUAUUAUGAAGCUUGUAAUUAGUAAUUAGUGUUCUGCAUUUAUGUACAGACUCAUCAUCAGUAAGUAUUCCUGCAAGUGUUAUCAUCAGUAAGUAUUCCUGCAAGUGUUAUUUAUAGAACAGAAGACUCCCGAUUAUCCGCGCUAAUUGAAGAUGGUGAUGCCGCAUGUAACUCAAAGUCACUCUGUGCACAUGCGAUGCAUGAUAGCUUCUUACUAUGAAAAUGUUGGACAGUUUGUUUUCUAAGCAAUAAUUUAUUUAAAUACAGGACGAACCAAACAAACUAAUACUUAAGAAUGGUAUAUACAACCACAAUUGUCAAUAACAGAACCAUAAAUGCUAAGUCAUAUACUCUUUAUGAGUGGUCAUUGCGAAGUUCAUUUUCAGCAGUUUUCUGCAAGAAAAUAAUUGAUUUUAUUAUUGAAAUUAAACUUUAUGUUAUUAGUCCCAUGUCUUGUCAACAAGGUGAUUCCACAGAAAGGUAUCCUCAAAAUCCUGCCGUUGUGGUGCAAUUUAGUUUUGGCUAAAUAUGCAUGCUAAGUCCAUUUUUUUGUGGUGUCUAGUAGAAAAUUUAACUCCAUUUUUAAUUAAAUAUGAAUUUAUUAAAGUAGGUAUAUGUCUACGAUAAAACACUUAUUAUAAGAAUGACAAAUUCAAUCUCAUAUUGUGAAAGAAAAAAAAAAGAAACCAUAAACAAGGAAUCACACCCAACUUUUUUUCAAUCAGCUAGUGUUUUGCAAAGUCUAUUUUCAAUGGCUUUUUGCAAGAAAAUUUAUUUUUAUCAUAACGUACAUAAUUUCUCCAACA